AUGGUUGAUUGGGAUCUUGUCGCUGAUUGGGGUGAAUGGGGUUGCGGUGAAAACCCCUUACAUUUAGUUACUCCUGGAUUCUACGAGAAAAUGACAGAAGCUCGAAAGAUAAACUUCUGCGUGGACCAAACUGUCUACCCAAAUCAACGUCGGGGACUUGAUCCUGCUACGACCCUCAAUAUUUAUGAAGGGUUGCUAACGCCAUCUGAGAUUGAUGAGAUUAAGGAGUGUGAAAAAAUCUAUUUUGUGGCUCCUGCAUCGUUUUUAAAAGAAUACAGAACGUUUUUGAGGAAUACUCGGUGCCUCGUCUACCGUGGAGGCUACGCUAUGUAUAAAGGAGAUCAUAUCAGUUAUCGAUACGAAAUUAAAAAAGUCCUUUGCAUAGGAAAAUCGGGAUGGGUUGCUGCGGUACUUGACCAUAAAACCAAACAGGAUGUAGCUCUCAAAUUGACCCAUCAUAAUGCUGCCAGUAGAUAUUCUGAAUGGAAAACACUGCAGGCAAUUGAGCAUUUUGAUCGGACACGUGUGUCGAACUGUGUUCGACUGCUUGAUUACAAUCAUUUCCGAGGUUUCAACUACAUCGUUAUGAAUCUCUUUGACACUGAUCUCAAGAAUUACAUGUUUGAGAAAUAUCCUCAUGGAAUGCCACUUGAUAAAAUUGCAAAAACAGGAAGAUCCAUUCUCAUUGCUCUCGAUUUCCUUGCUAAGAAAGGGAUCGUUCAUUGUGAUGUCUGCCCAAGCAACAUUUUGCUCAAUCUCGCCAAUCCCGAAGCCGUGAAACUUGGAGGUUUUGGUGUGGCGAGAACUGUCAAACCGUAUUUUAUUAUCACUCAUUGCCAAACUGCUUACUAUCGCGCGCCGGAAGUAUUCGUUCAAGGAAUUCAAACUCCUGCAAUUGAUAUGUGGUCUUUUGGAUGCGUGAUGGCUGAACUGGUCACAAACGAAUGUUUCUUUCACGGAGAGUCUACUGAAGAUCAAUUUUUUGCAAUUGAAGAAAAGCUCGGUGUCCCAACAAGAGAGUUCAUGAGAGCCCACAAGACCAGAAAGUAUUUCCGCUCAACUCAGGGCCGAGAGCCAAUCCAUGUUAUUCAACGCUAUGGAAAAGAUGUUGUUGAUAUCACUGCUUUCAAAAUACCGAACAGACGAAAGCUCCCUGGAGCCACACCACUCUGGUCGUUUUUCAAAAAGCCAGAAGAAAAAAAUCUCAAAAACUUCCUUAUGCAGGUCUUCAGAUGGGCUCCGAAAAGAAGAAUCACCCCACAAAAUGCUUUGAAGCAUAAAUUUUUCAAAUAG